CAUGUUCCAAACUUGCAAUCUCCCCAACUUUUCCUCUCCCACAUCUACCUAUAUAUACACUCACCCGCCACAAAAAAGAACUCAUCGCCGGCACCGCCACAAGCAAGCUCGACACAACAGAAACCAUCGCAUCCCAAUUGCCACCGCCGGAGGAGAGAAAAGAAGACGACCAUGUCUGUGAGCAAGCAAUGGACGCGGGUGCGGACGCUCGGCCGCGGCGCGUCGGGGGCAGAGGUGUUCCUCGCGGCGGACGACGCCUCCGGGCAGCUCUUCGCGGUCAAGUCCGCCGUGGGGGCAGCGUGCGCGGCGGCGCUCAGGAGGGAGCAGAUGGUGAUGGCCGGCCUGAGCUCCCCGCGCGUCGUAUCCUGCAUCGGCGGCCGCGGCGCCCGCGACGGCUCCUACCAGCUCUUCCUCGAGUUCGCCCCCGGCGGCUCGCUGGUGGAGCAGGUGAUGAGCAACGGGGGCCUCGACGAGCGCGCCGUCCGCGACUACGCGGCCGAUGUGGCGGCCGCGCUCGCGUACCUCCACGGCGCUGGGAUGGUGCACGGGGACGUCAAGGCGAGGAACGUCGUGAUCGGCGCCGACGGCCGCGCCAAGCUCGCGGAUUUCGGCUGCGCGAGGAAAGUGGGCGCCGGCGUGCCGAUCAUCGGCGGCACGCCCGCGUUCAUGGCGCCGGAGGUGGCGCGCGGCGAGGAGCAGGGCCCCGCGGCCGACGUCUGGGCGCUCGGAUGCACGGUCAUCGAGAUGGCCACCGGCCGCGCCCCGUGGACCGGCAUGGACGGCAACGCGCUCGCCGCGCUGCAUCGGAUCGGGUACACCGAGGCUGUUCCCGAGCUGCCCCAAUGGCUGUCCGCUGAGGCGAAGGACUUCUUGGCCAGAUGCCUUGUCAGGCAGGCCAACGACCGGUGCACGGCGGCACAGCUGCUGGAGCAUCCGUUCUUGGCCGCCGCCGUCGUCGACGCGAAGGCAGAAGCCGUGGAGAGCAAAUGGGUGUCGCCGAAGAGCACGCUGGACGCGGCAUUCUGGGAGUCAGAGUCCGACGCCGACGAGGCGGACGACGAGCCGUCGCACGGCGCGGCCGAGAGGAGGAUCAGCGCAUUGGCCUGCCCUGCUUCGGCGCUCCCGGACUGGGACUCGGACGAGGGAUGGAUCGACGUGCUCUCCGGGCCGACGGAAGCAGCGGACGCAGUUGCCGCGCCGGCCAAGGAGAGGACUGGCAUCAUCGUGCACGACGCGAUCACCAGUGAAGAGGAGUCGAUCGGCGCAGUGUUCGGUGCUCUCGACAUUACCGUGGACGUGGAGCACGGCAGCGUGCUCAACGCAGGGCAAGAAACAUAUGCUGAUGAGUCAGUAGUAGGGCACAAAUCAGUAAUGCAAUCGAUUUCGUUCAUGCCAAAGCACUCUGCUUCGCCAGCGCUGCUCCUCUGUUUAUCUGCUCAUACUCGUGCUCCCCGUUGCGACACGAUUGAUCGGCAAAUUCCGAGAAAAAAUUAG